GUCUCUCUCUCUCUCUCUCUCUCUCUCUCAACGCACAACGACGCGGCCAUUGACUUCCGGUUCGAACCGCCGCCAAGAGCGGGGAUCUGUCUCCUUGUCCCCCCUCUCUUCGGCAUCGCUAUCCGUCUCUUGGCCCAUAUAAACCGGGCUGGGAAUCCUGGAAACUCUUCGCGGGUGGACCACGGCAGACCCGAACUCCUCUCUCUCUCUCUCUCUCUCUGUCGAGACCCUCCCAAGACGUCAAGCUUGUUUGCAGCUCGGCAUUGCGCGUCGCCUCGAGUCCUGACUCUUGUUUCCCAGCUUCGUUUACAUCAACCUUCUCUUGGUUUAUUUAUAUCCACAAGCUUCGUCACCUGGUCAGAGCUUCUCCCCCCCCCCCCCCCCCCCCCCCAAACGGCGGAGAUCCUUAUUUCAUUCAUCUCAAGCUUGAGGCUUUUUUUUUUUUUGCUUCUCCUCAACUCCCAUUAGUAGCCGUAUUCCUGAGUUCAUUCGGAUCAUUCAACGAGUCCAAUAUGAGCGCAACCGAAGCCAACUACGGCGCCGUCACCACAUCGGCGCCCGUGGUCAACGGCGAUUCUCGCGCCUCCGCCGAUGAAGAGCAGCCCCUCCUCGGCCGCGCCGGGGGCAAGCCGGCGUCCAAGUCUCUCCGCAAGAAGCUGACCACGGACGUCACCCGCGACUGGGCCGACCUGGUCCUCCUCACGUGCUACAUCAUUACUGGCCUCCUCGACAGCUCCUCCAUCUCCAUCUGGGGCUCUUUCGUCUCCAUGCAAACAGGCAACACCGUCUACAUCGGCCUCGGCCUCGCCGCGCCCACCGAGUCAACCCGCUGGAUCAAGUCCGCCACCUCCCUCGGAUCCUUUUGUCUCGGCUCCUUCUUCUUUAGCCGCUUCCACCGCCUCUUCUCCCCGAAGCGCCGCUGGGUCCUCUGCGCCUCCUUCAUCGCCCAGACGCUCCUCUGCGUCGCCGCCGCCCUCAUCCUCACCCUCGGCCCCGCCGCCGGCAAGGACGAGAUCUCGUGGAACGUCCUCGUGCCCAUCGCCCUCAUCGCCUUCCAGAGCUGCGGCCAGGCCGUCACGAGCCGCGCCCUGCGCUACAACGCCCUCACGAGCGUCGUGCUGACGAGCAUCUACUGCGAUCUCUUCUCCGACGCCGAGCUCUUCGUCGUCCGCAACGCCGAGCGGAACCGCCGCGUCGGCGCCCCGUUGCUGCUCCUCGCCGGCGCCGUCUUGGGCGGCCUGUUCGCCCACUCGUCGCUGGGCAUCGCCGGCGCGCUGUGGACGGCGUCCUUCUUCAAGUUCCUGGUUGUCCUGGCCUGGUUUUUCUGGCCGGGUGAGUCGACAUCAGACGAGGAGUAGCGGCGUGGUGAUACAUGGGCUGGGAGUCCCAGCACGGCAAGGAAAAUGAUGAGAGGAUAAGCUACUACAAACAGCGACAUAGAAGUUUUCAAAUGGCCUGCAAUGCUCUCUCUGUUUUAUUCUAGCCCAGAAAUCGAGUUGCAAGAACAA